UGUUAUCUACAGGUAAGACGCGGCUGAAGAUGGCUCAGCCGGCUAGGACCACAAUUUGGGCACACAACGGUUCGGUAUGAAGUUAUCGCUGGUCACAUAACAGGGACCAGCUGUUUCUUCGCUGUUACUAUUGUUCAUUUAGGAUUAACCUACAGUAAACUUACCACCACGCAUGUAGAGAAGAGAACCUCAAAUGAAACGAAGCCGGGCUCAGGGCGCCCUGGAGGCCCUCAUGAUUCCUGUUCUUAUGGUUCCCCAAUGCUGGAUAACUCUCAUAGAGCACUCCGAAUGCACGAACUCGGGCGGUGGAGGGGCUGCAGCGAGAUGGGACAGCCUCCUCGUUUCCCGACUCCAACAUGACCGCUGGCCGUGUGAUGCAAGCGUGUUGAUGAAGCUAGGUCUGAUGCUGAGGUAUCUUCACUUGGUAUGGCUCGACGUCCUCACGCCGCGGUUGCCGGAACCAGUCCUAUUAGUCACAGCUAGCCUGAACUUCCCCUUGCUGCUAUUGCGAGCGUUGUCGGCCCGCAUCUUGCCGGCGCAGCUGUAUGAACAGGUCAUUUCCCCGCUGGUGGUGUACUGGUGUCGUACGACCGUGUACCUGGGCAUCAUCCUGGCAGGCCCGAACACGGCGCCCUCGAUGGUGGCCCAGGCCUACCUACAGCAGUCGCAGGCGGUGGUGGCCUACCACAUCAUCAUGUUCGCAAGCCUGCUGGGAGCAUGGGACGUGGACGCGCGCGUGGAGCUGGCUGCGGUCCUGCUCGAGGCAGCGUGCGCGCUCACCUGCCUGUCCUGGCACGGCGCCAAGGUGCCGGGCGGGUCGCCGCACCCGGCCGCGCUGCUGGCGGGGCGCGCGCUGGUGCCGCUGGUGAACCUCAGCCUGGCGUACGCGGCGGGAAGGUGGAGGCCGGGCGGACUGGGCACAGGCAGGCGAGGCGGCGGAAGCGCACUCGCCCUGGACAAGUGCAUCAGCAUGCGCGCCAGUGGCGCUGCAGGUGGCAGUAGCAGCAAGGGCAAGGGCAAGGGAAAGGACAUGGGAGCGGGCCCCGUGGAAGAGUGCGCAGGAGACGGCGACAAAAGCCUGGGCCUAAGCCUGAUGCCGCCAGCGGAGCAGGCUGUCAGGCAGGGCGCCGAGCCGUCUGGCAGCGGCUGCGGUGGCAGCAGCAGCAGCAGCCGCACAGAGCCGCAGCCACUGCCGGCACUGCCGCUGCCGGCGCCGAUGUUGGAGCGCAGCAGCGGUACCGUCACGGUGGCCGCGCCGCAGGCCGCUGGUCACCAGUCGCAGCCCUCGGCGCCUGCCGGCUCAUCGGUGCUGCGGCCGCAUAAGCCGUACCGCUCCUACCUCCGGGGCAGGACCAAGCACUACUUCAAGAUCCCCUGGGCCGAGCUGGAGGACAUCACGCCGGGCUUCGAGGAGCGGCUGGCGGCGCUGUGUGCGGCACGCGGCCGGGUGCUGACGGGCGUGUACGUGCGCGCAGGGUGCAUCGAGCUUACCAUACACCUUGCUGAGUACGGCGCCGGAACCACUAGAGCCGGCGUGCAUGCUGGCCCUGCAGCAGCAGCCGGCGCGCUCUCGCACUCCGACGCGGCGGUCCUGAGCGUUGAGGAGGUGAUCGCCGCCCUGGGCCUGAGCCUGCCGAGCGGGCCCGCCGAUGCAGCCCUGCAGGCGGUGUCGGUGCAGCAGGAGCUGGUGGACAGGGCGGCAAGCGAGCCCGAGGCCAGCGGUGAUGGCGCCCGCAGCCAAGCGCGUGUGGUGCGCGUGUCGCCACGUGUGCUGCUGCUGACGCCUGCAGACGCGGCUGCCAGCUCGGCUGCAGCACUGCGCGUGCGUGUGGCUUUCGGUGGCAGCACUGGACCGGCCACAGCAUUCAACGUGGCGAUGCUGGGUGCUGCGGGUGUCCUGGCCACACGGGUCACGGCCAAGGAGCUGCAGGCUGCGUCAAAGGAGGGCGCUGAGGCCGGGUCUGAGGAGUGGGAGUAUGCCAUUGAGCUCCUGGAGGCGCCGCCGCACCCACAGCUGCUGACGGUGCAGCUCGCGUUCCCAGCAGCAGCGGCGGGGGCUGCGGCCGAGGACAGCGCUGCCGCAGCCACUCCCAGCCCGUACGUGCAGUGGCUGUCGGUGCCGGUGCUCGCGGUGGACGACGCCGCGGUAGCCGCCGAGCUGAGCGCAGCGCUGCAGCUGCUGCAGACCUCUGAGGCAGGCGCGGAGGUGGGCGCGGCGGCGGAGUGGGCCCACCCGCUGCUGUGCGACCUGGGUCUGUGGCUGGCGUCCGCCGCAGCCUCGGGCGCUGCCGGUUGCUCCGAGGCCGUGCGCCGCCUGCCUGCAGAGUGGGUGUCGGAGGUGGGCGCGUGCCUGCUUGCGUACACGGAGGGCGCGGGUCUGGUGGCCACCGCCGCCCGCAUCCGCGCGGACACACAGCGGCUAGCUGCCCUGCCAGCAGUCGCAGAGGCAAUUGCAGCCAAGGAGAGCCCACGGGUGGCCGAUGAUGACGCAGCAGUCGGCACGUGCCAACAUGCAGCAGCAAGCACCAGCGGCUCCGCUACUGCUGCCAUGGCUUGGCAGAAGCCCAACACUAAUGCAUUGCGCCAACGCUGCAAGGGCAGCAGUCGCGGCAAGUGCGCCAGCAAGGGCGCUGAAUGCGGUGGCAAGGAGGAGGAGAGCAGCAGCAGUGCUGGUGGCGGCAGCGACUGCAGCCCGGAUGGAUUGCAGCAGUACACACAGGCGUGGAUUGUGGCCAUGUGCUUCACCUGCCAAAUCGUGGAGUGCCUGGUGGCCCUGGGCUUCGCUGUGCGGGGCGUGAGGGCCGGACAGCCGCUGUGGAGUGCUGAGAGCGCCGUGGUCUACACGGGACUCGGCGUUGGGGUCGUGACCACGCUAGCCGGGCUGUGGAUGACGCCGCGAGCCUGGUCAAGGCUGGCGCUGGCUGCUCGGCUGCCUCGCUUCCUGGGCUUUAUGUUUGGCAAGGCACUGGUUUCGGUCGGCGCGCUGCCGCCACCCGCCGGAGCUGCUACGUACGGGAGCGGCCCCGGCAUUCUGCUGCUCGAGGGCGUCAUCCUGCCCAGCGGCUGCCUUCUGCCGCCGCGCACUGCCCUGGCGAUGAGCUGCCUGAAGCUGCCACUCAACAUAAUGUCAGGGCUGGUUGUGGGCGCAUUUGAAAACCUCUUGCCGGCGGUGCUGAUGGCGCUGGCAGUGGAGGCACUGGCGAUGGGCACCACCCUGGCAUGCCACGGCUACGUGCGCCGCCACUACAUGCGCCUGCGCUGGCAAUGAUUGUCCGCCGUGUGGCACCAACACUGCAGUGCAUGGCAGCCACUGUAUCCUAUAGGGGGACGUGCAUGUGCAUGAGGGGCGGGCCACUUACUGGUCAACGCUAUUACUGAUGGGGAUGGCUUGCUACUGAUACGCGCCCGUUUGCAGUGCUCCAUACUGGGCCAGCUCCUGUGUAGAUGAUGUUUUACCUCGGUGAUCUGCUGUUAUUUCUCAUGCCAUGCCAUGAGCGGGCACUGGUGCUUAACGCUGCUGUCCAUGCCCGCUGCUAGCAUGCACUGAUACAAUUGCUGCUGAAAUGGUUGCUGCUGAAUGUGAUCGCCCGCGCAUUGCAACUGCGGUGGUAUGUUCCUUGCGCGCCGACAAUGUUGUUCAGAUGGUGCCGUGCGCUUUCCUCCUUGCGCUUGGCGGUUGAAUGGAGCCUGUCAUCAACCCGGUGUUUGGCGAAAGCGGCACCCAGGCUGGGCAGGCAUCAGCCGUGCCCUGGCAAGAAGAAGGAAUGUCUGUUGGUGGCGCAUGCAGGGUGCCUGCUUGGGUUCAUGCUUGGGCGUGGAAGCUUGCGAAAGCUCAAGCGCUCAUAUUACGGCUGCAUAUAGCAGCUUCUAAUCGAUGGCCGAGGCGAGUAGCAGUGCAUGUAUUUGGACAGUGCUGGGCGCUGUUAUACUAGAUGCGCAGCCUGUCCGGUGCUGUGCGGUUGAAUGACAGCUAAGGUAGCCCCUUUCACCAAGUCUCAGAGUUUCGUGUGACCUGGGCAUCCGGUGACGCAGCGGCGGUGUUGGAAAGCAAGGGCGGAACCACAACGCCGGCACGUAAAGUCCAACGCGUUCCCUUCGAUGUCGCUGAGGGCAUGAACGGUACUUACGCACCGCAGAGCCAUUCAACGUACGGUUGGUUAAGGGAUGCGUUAGUUUGGAUGCAUUAGCACGAAACAGUCGAGUGCAACAAGAUGGGUUACACGCGAUCAUCCUGUGUAGCUGAUGAGCGGUUGUGUGCCAGGUGCCCGUGUCAUUUUACAGUGCCCUCCAUGGGUGCGACAUGGUGGUGGCAUGCAGUGGGCGCGGGGGCACCUGGGCGUGUCGGUGCGGGCAGUGGCGGUGCCGCACGCGGUCGCAAUGGAGGUCGAGGUGGCGAGGUAGCAGGGGCCGGGGCAGCAGGGGCGGUAGGGGCACAGGCAGGCGGACAUGGCAUGGAGAAAUGGCACCUUCAAGUUAGUUCGCACUGUCACGCAACUCUGCAAGACUCGGUCCUGGCGCCUUAGCACGAACGAUAUAUAGACUAGAUCCUUGUUAUCUAUAGGGAAGACGCGGCUGAAGAUGGCUCAGCGGGCUAAGACCGCGCAACAACGGGUCGGUGUGAGGUAAUUGCUGGUCACAUAACAGGGACCAGCUGUUUCUGCGCUGUUACUAAUAUUCAUUUAGGUUUAACCUACAGUAAACUUACCACCACGUAUGUAGGCAAGAGCGGCUAUGUUGACACGAAGCCGGGCUCAGGGCGCCCUGGAGGCCCUCAUGAUUCCUGUUCUUAUGGUUCCCCAAUGCUGGAUAACUCUCAUAGAGCACUC